AGUCCGUUUUUCAGCUCAUGCAGUUGGAACGGUGAAAACUCCAGGCUCUUGCAAGAAAUUGUAGUUGUACAACUGAAACAUAAUCGUAUCGUCUAAUCUAGUCAUAAACUCUUAAGGAAUUCAAUCUACAAGAAAACGUUAAAAACCUGCUGAAGACUAACUUUUGAUCGCUACAACUUUUCCACAUCUACCUGAAAGAAACUUCGCACUUGUAAGUUGACGCUAUUUUUUUCAUAAAUUUUAUACUCUGCCACGGUGUUUUUCAUUUGUGUUUACAUUUACUGUCGAAAAAAUGAAUCAAUUCCUUCUGCACGAGGACGCGAACGGCUACGCGCUGUUCCAGAAGCUCGAAUGCGAGGAGAUUGCGAAGGAUGCCGACAAGGCCCAGGAAGCCAUGGCGACGUUUGAGCAGUUUCGCCAGAUGGCAAAGCUGGUCGCGUUCCAGCCCUUCGAAUCCGCCGAGGCGGCGUUGACGGAGUGCAAGGCGAUCGCCAACGGCGAGGUCACCACCGUGCUGGAAAACUUCCUCGAAAUGAACCUGCCCGGCGCAAAGAAGAAGAGCACGUAAGAGAGAGGCGAAAUUUUGUUCGUGAUGAGUCCCGUUUUUUUUUUUCCGAAUGAACUACAGCGAAGCUUGUGAAAUAAAUUUUUCCUGAGAAUAACAGUAUUCAAAUGCGGUUGAUUUUUGCGCAAGAUGUUGCAAAAAUGGACACCAAGAAUUAUCUGCCUAAUACAGCUACACACUCGGAGUUUACGACGCGGACAUCGGAAAGGCGUUGAAGGACAAAUUCGUCUGCAACGCCGGCCAGCCGGUGCGGGAGUUGCUGCGCGGGUGCCUGAUGCACUUCCCGAAGUUCAUCAAAGAUCUGAAGGAUGAGGAUCUGCAAAAGGCACGGUGCGGUUUGGCGCACUGCUACAGCCGAGACAAGAUGCAGCUGGACCCAAAUCGUCAGGUAGAAUGGACGAUCUUUGAUGCUUUUUUUGUAUGUACUAUCGCGACACAGGGACAAUGAGUAUGUGGUGUAUCAAACGAAAAUCAAAAAUCAAUUGCGAUUCGCUCGACAAAAAACAGGACAAGCCGAUCAUGAACGUCAUCUCUAUUUUGGACAACCUCGACAAAAACAUCAAUACCUUCGCCAUGCGGGUGCGGGAGUGGUACGCUUGGCACUUCCCGGAACUGACCAAGAUCGUCAACGAUAACGUGGUGUACGCAAAGGUACUGAUACUACACGAAAUUAGAUUUAUCAUUCUCAUACUGCAUCUGCAUGAUAGUGAUAGAUUAUGCUCCUUUCUUUUCUUAUGCAGCCUGUGCCUGUCUGUUCAUUCGAUGUCGAUUGUAAAACUUUGCCAUGGCCGCGGUGGCAUUACCGAGCCGAAGAGCGGUUCCGUUUUCAACCGCACCGAAAAUCCAUCACAACAGGUUGCCCGGGUCUUGCGCAUCAAGGAGAAUUUCGAUUACGAAAACGAAAAGCCGAAACUGGUAGAAGUUUGCGGCAGCGAAGAGAUCGCGGACGAAAUUGUCAAGGCACUGCAAAUUUCCAUGGGCCAAGACAUCGUCGAAAUGGACAUGCACAACAUUGAGAACUUCGCGACACAGGUACUUACCAAACAAUGUUGUCAUGAGAAUAUCCUCGAAUGCGAAAGCGAAUGCCGCGACUUGGGUUUUUUGUGAAGAAACACGCAACUAGCACGGGACACGAUCGAGAAGGUUGUACUCAACAUCAUGUGUAUGAGUAUGCAUGUUUUUUUGCCAUGACCCCUCACACAUGCAAACACAAACUCAAUUUAGGUCGUCGAACUGGCUGCCAUGCGACAGAUGUUGACGUAUUACUUGAAGCGGAAAAUGGACAUCGUCGCCCCGAAUCUGGCUUCCCUCGUCGGUGAGCACGUUGGCGCGCGACUCAUCUCCCAUGCGGGAUCCCUGACGAACUUGGCAAAGUACCCUGCCAGUACGGUGCAGAUCCUCGGUAUUUCACGAAGAAAUUUUGUUUUUCGCAAUUUUUGUGUUCAAGAAACCCCGAUUUUCAGGGUUUUUUUGCAUCGUUUUGGGAACCACGACUACAUCAACGCACAAAUCUACCGGUGCUUCAUUCCAAUGUCUUACCCAAAUUAAUUCCAGGCGCCGAAAAAGCGCUUUUCCGGGCUUUGAAGACGAAGGGUAACACACCGAAGUACGGGCUCCUCUACCACAGUUCCUUCAUCGGCCGUGCCCAGCAGAAAAACAAGGGAAGGAUCUCCCGGUAUCUCGCGAACAAGUGCAGUAUUGCCUCCCGCAUCGAUGCGUUCUCGGAACACGGCACGAAACUGUACGGCGAAAGGAUGAAGACGCAGGUGGAGGACCGACUCACGUUCUUGACCGAGGGUGUCAAGCCCAGAAAGAACCAGGAUGUCAUGAAAGAGGCGCUCCUGGCGGUCCAAGAGGAAAUUGCGGAACUUGCCAAGCAGGGUGCCAGUGCAACAUCAGCAUCGAAAGAAGCAGUAAACGCAACAGAGGCGGAGGGUGAGAAGAAAAAGAAAAAGAAGAACAAGAAGCGCGCUGCAGAAGAGGAAGCAGCUGGCGAAGAAGCCGAGCCAGCCGCAAAGAAGCAGAAGACAGAGGAGGCUGCUGCAGAAAACACCGCACCAGCAGAGGAGGCACCGAAAAAGAAAAAGAAGUCGAAGUCCGGUGCAGUUGCGGAGCCGGUUGCCGAAGCUGAAACGACGGUCGCUACUGCAGAAGAGGGUGAGAAGAAGAAAAAGAAGAAAUCCAAGGCGUAAAUGUCUAGUGGAUGGCUCACGACUCUCAUUACUAAAGCGAUUGAACUUGAAGUGAAACUAUUAAGAACAGCAUACUUACACGGUUUGGAAUUGUAUCUUGCAAAAAACGGAACAAAGUCAAAGUGAUUUUUUUUGGUCACCGAACUUUCAUCAACUUCUUAUCUGAAGCAAACGCGUUUUUAUCGUCAACUUACACUUAACGAAGGUUUUUUAGGCUUGCGGUUUGGUCUUGAGAAUUUCUCAGGAUGGGAAGGAAAUGUGAUUUCCUUAGGAGUUUGAAUUGCAAUGGAAUAUGGUCGUGGAAAAAUCUAGAGCAACAGGCUUUUACAAGGAUGCGCAUUUGGGACCAACGAGGAGACCUCAAAGAAGGGUCUUCAGCUAACGCAUUGCUUGUAUACACACUCUGUGGCAAGGCCAUGUCGUGUGCAUGAAACACCUCACCACAUCUACGACCAUGGGUGUUCGUGCAAAAAGAG